AAGACGCUUGUUGACAGCGGGCAAGGAGCAGUCCUCACCUAGCCCGGGGGACUGCACGCACGGGGUCAUUUGACCCGCGCUGCGCAGAGGAGAUUCAGGGAGACAUUGUGGCCAAGCCUCAGCAGAGCUGGCCGCUGCGGUCAGCUGGAGCAGCCCAACAGGCGACCCACGGGCAGGAAGGAUGCAAUGCUGCAAGCCAGCGUACGUGCUCCACGUGACCGUGUCGUAUAAGACCUAGCUGCCGGGUCCGCUCUCUUCCAGCUGCUUCUCUCGGGUGCCCCCUCGCCCCGGCGCCUGGGCUCCCUGCGCUCAAGAGACACCGAGUCACUGCCUCCCCAGCCACCUCGACUCCGCCGGCACCAUGACAGAUCAGUCUUUUGUGACUUUGUCAACAAAUGACUCCUACGCUAGAGGAGCCUUGGUUCUUGGCUCCUCACUGAAACAACACAGAACGACAAGAAGGCUAACUGUGCUGAUAACCCCACAGGUCUCCGAGUCUAUGAGGAAAGUUUUAGAGAAGAUUUUUGACGAAGUCAUCAUGGUUGACAUCUUGGACAGCAGGGAUUCAGCUCAUCUAGCCUUAAUGAAGAGACCUGAAUUGGGGGUCACAUUAACCAAACUCCACUGCUGGUCCCUAAUUCAGUAUUCCAAAUGUGUGUUCAUGGAUGCAGAUACGCUGGUACUGACAAAUAUUGAUGAGCUUUUUGAGAGAGAGGAGCUAUCAGCAGCACCAGACCCAGGGUGGCCUGACUGUUUCAAUUCUGGAGUCUUUGUUUACCGACCUUCCAUUGAAACAUACAAUCAGCUCUUGCAUGUGGCUUCUGAACAAGGCAGCUUUGAUGGUGGGGACCAGGGUUUGCUGAACACCUUCUUUAACAGUUGGGCAACGACAGAUAUCAGAAAGCACCUGCCAUUUAUUUAUAACCUAAGCAGCCUUUCUAUAUACUCCUACCUCCCAGCAUUUAAAGCGUUUGGGGCAAAUGCAAAAGUCGUGCAUUUCCUGGGACGCAUCAAACCAUGGAACUAUACCUACGACCCCAAAACAAAAAGCGUCAGGAGCGACACUCAUGACCCCACUGUGAUUGACCCCCAGUUCCUCACUAUGUGGUGGGACAUCUUCACCACCAACAUUCUGCCUUUACUCCAGCAGUUUGGAGUUGUUAAAGACACCUUCACAGCCUUUAACGCGCUUUCGGGUUUGGCCUAUACUCUGGCUUUCUCUUGUGGCUUCUGUAGAAAGGAGGAAGUCACAAAUGCAAUCUCACAUAUGUCCAUUGGGGACCUCAGCCCUCCACCUCAACCAUUUGUAUCCUCAAAUGAACGCAAGGAGCGGUGGGAGCAAGGCCAGGCUGAUUACAUGGGAGCAGAUUCCUUUGACAAUAUCAAGAGGAAAUUGGACACUUACCUUCAGUAGAAAACACCUCCAUUUUCUCUGUGCAAACAUCGGCUACACAGGACUGUUUCCAGAUAAUUUAGCAUCUAGAAAGAGUGUUGAGUAUGGUUGUUACAGUUGCUAGCGGCUUUGAUGAAAGUUCCACAUUUGAAGGUUUAUACUACUAAAGGUGAAAACUGGACAAAAGUCAAGAAGUAAAAAGCUCAUUUUCUGGUCAAUUAAUUGUUAAGUGACUCUUUGCCCGAUCAUUCAGAGAAAAUUUAAGAAAUUUUCUAUUUAAUGCCAAUUACCAAUAAAUCUGAUGAGAGGGAAUGAAGCCAUUAAGCUAUUGGCCUCAGCUCCUGAAACUUGAAGAGCUGGGCUCCUGUCAGCUCCCCUUUAUCUUCAUGGAGAUAAGUGGGAAUGAUGCUAUUUGCCUCACUGUCUUUGCCGUGGUAGAUAGAUAUUUCAGGAUUGAUCAGAGACUGCCCUAGUGGUCCCAAUUCUUCUUUUAUGGAAAAGCAAUGUAACACUGUCAAAUUGAGUUACAAAUUGAAUAACUGCUACCACAAAUGGCGACACCCUUUUUAUCUCUCUUUAAGAAAUUGAAGAUUUUUUUUUUACCAGUUUUCUUUGUACAGUAAGGUAGCGUACUGGAAGGCAGUUCUAUACGUUUGGGAGAUGAGAGUGAGUUUUCUGAAUGCUUACCUCCAGUGGCACUAUGUCCAAAAAAUAAACACUUAACAGUGAA